GGCAGCAGUAACAGCUAUACAGCUGUAUAGCCACACUCCACAUGUGCAGCCCCUUUUGGUACAACAUAGUACCGUAAAAGCCAAAAAUUUGUAAUUUAUUUACGUGAAAACCCAAAUAGGGUCCCAUAGCGAGACUGUAAUGUGUGUAUGAAGUGUCAAUUCGUUUCGAAGUAGUUGUGUUCUUUGUGUGGGUCAAAAAGUUACGCGGCAAUGUUGUUGUGAUGUGUGUGUGUGCUAGAAUGAGAAAGAGCGAAGUAGCAGCAAAUAGUAAUUUGGAAUUUAUAUAAGCGCCAUCGUUAUUUUUCAACAAUAUCCACGCAUAUAUUUAAUGCAAACGUACAUACGCACGCAUACAGGCAAAUAUAUAGACAUUUAGUCAUUGUAUUGCCACCACAACAAGAAGAAAGGAGACUCCCAUGACAACGGCAGACGAGUAACCACAACAACAAGAAGAACAAUAAUAGCAACAACAACAGCAGCAGCAGCGAUAAAGUAAAUAUACAUAUGGGCAGACAUAAUUAAAAAUACACCAAGAGCUGAGCGCCAUUAACGUAAGGCAAGAGCAACCCCAACCCUGCUCACCCUCAAAUACAAAUACAUUGACACAAGCAUACAAAUAGAUGCAAGCAUGUAUGGGCGUGUGUGUGUGAGCCACCUGCUGCUGCCUGAAGAAGAACUUUAAAAGCGAACAACGCUCCAAUAGAGCGGUGCUGCUGCUUCAAGCUGCCGCUGCGGUGACAACAAAUCAACGUAGGGCACACAAGCUGCCCUAACUUGAGACAGCAGUAACACCAACAACAACAACAACAGUAAAAGGAACAGCAACAACAACACAAGCAACAUGAACGCCAGCCUUAUAUAUGAGAUACUCAUGUAUUUGAACUCAUUUUAUUUUGGCAUGUACGCCGCCUUUGAAGUGGGAGUCGGGGUGCUAAAGGCAAUCAAUCUGAAUUACGGCGAAAACGUUCUGUCACGUGAGGCAACCAUUUUGCUCUCGCUGUGCAUCAUCGAAACGCUGCGCAUUGUCUUUGGUCGCAAAAGCAGCCUCAGCGAUCGAGGCUGGCAAGCGACCGCAUCCGUAAUAUUAACACUGCCCAGUCUCGCUAUUGUUAUCUAUUUGUGUUGUUUUCAAACUUUUGUUCUCAAACUCGAAAUUCUUCUGAGUGCCUUAAUGAUCAUCCUCCAAGGUACUGAACUAGUCUACGCCAGCAUAUUCAUUUGUACAAUGUGUCGACCCGUAACAUACACCUAGCAGUUGAUCAACGUUGCCACGUCGUUGCCCAAGUCGAAGAUGCCAACAGCAGCAGCGGCAGCAUUACUUCAACCAGGAGCUGUCGUCGCUGUAGCUGAACCCGAAGUUGCAUCUGAGGCUGUAAUAAUACGACGACGACAACGCAACUUUUGGCAUAACUAUGUCAAGCAGUUUUCAUUCAAAUUGAGCGACUUUGACGUUGGCUAAGCCAAAUGGAAUCAUUCACAUAAGCCCACGUAAAAUACACACUUAACUUAAAGGAUAGAUGCGAAUCGAUAAAUUAGAUGAACAACCAAACAAUACGCUGGCGUAUUCCUGCAGUCAGUCCACCACAAAAUAAACACCACAACAACCCGAAGGAAAUAUCCAAAACACCAAAGAGGAAAACAACAAAAAAUCCACAAAGAAACCGUAAAAAACGCUUUUCUAACGAGGUUGGACUGCCAUACUGUCGGUCUUUUUGACCGCCCCCUGCUUUCUGGGCGUGUCGUAUCUGCUGCUCUUGCAGACCUACAAGCUGCGUCUAGAAUAUUGCCUUGGCACGCUGCAGAUCGCGCUCUAUUUGACCGAGG